UUCCAAACACUUUAUUUUACACAUUUAACUGAAAAUACAAACUAACUUCAACCUUCUUCUGACCGGAAGCUGAAUAUCACAGACUUAUGCAUUCUGAACAGAAACAACAUUUAACACAUAUCAAUAUAAAUCAGCUGUAGUUGCACUAUAACACAUGUGAUUAUGUGUUUUAUUAAUAUUUCUUAGUCUUCGGCGCCGCUGUGACCCGGCGGAACCGCUUCCUGUGGCGGUGACCCGGAUGCUGACUGAGCGGACACGCCGCAGCGCUGCUCCGUCGUGUCGGUUCGAGUCCAGCCGACAUGCAGCCUGGUGUUCUGGUGGAUUCUCCGCGGCUCCGUGAUGACAUGACGGGAGAAAAACACUCGAUGAAUUAAGUUUUCACUAAGCUCACCUGGAUGUCACGCGGAGCUAAAGCCCACCACGUCACAGGAGCCAUGUUGUCCAACUGUCAGUCAACAGACUCACCGACCGGAGCGGAGACACACUGACACAUGAAUGUAGGACAGGAUGAAAGUCUCUCUGAUGUUCAGACAGACGUGGUUCAGUUUCACUUCAUGCCUCUGACACUACAGAGAGGAUUCAAACCCUCAACCUCAGCAGCUGCAGGUUUUCCUUCUUUGUCACCAGAUGAGAGAAAUCUGGCCGACAGCAGCAGAGAGACGUGAACCUGCCGUGGAGGAAAGCUAACCCACGAAUGGCCUGCCAGUCUGUCGCUGCAGUCAUGGACGAGCAGGCGCUGCUGGGGCUCAACCCGAACGCCGACGCCCGCUACAGGCAGAGGGCCAUGGCAUACUUUGAGCAGCUGAAGGAGUCUCAGGAUGCCUGGGAGGUUUGUGCUGAGGCUCUCGCUAAAGGGAUUUACAGUGACGACCAUGUGAAGUUCUUCUGCUUCCAAGUUUUGGAGCAUCAGAUCAAGUUCAGACAUGCUGGUCUGAGUGCAGUUCAGCAGCAGCUCAUCAGGGAGACGCUGAUGAAGUGGCUCCAGUGUCAGCUGAUGAACAACCAGCCUGAGAAGCCGUUCAUCAGGAACAAGGCGGCUCAGGUGUUCGCCCUCACCUUCAUCAUGGAGUAUCUGACUCUGUGGCCCAAGUUCUUCUUCGACAUCCUGUCGCUGGUGGGCCUGAACCCUCACGGCGUCGACAUCUACCUGAGGACGCUCAUGGCCAUCGACGGUGAGGUGGUGGACCGAGACAUCCUCCACUCGCCUGAGGAGACGCGCAGAAACACUCUAAUCAAAGACGGCAUGCGGGAGCAGUGCAUCCCUCACCUGGUGGAGUCCUGGUUCCAGAUCCUGCAGACGUACCAGCAGUCCCACCCGGAGCUCACCUGUCAGUGUCUGGAGGUGGUGGGAGCCUACGUGUCCUGGAUCGACCUCAACCUCAUCGCCAACGACCGGUUUGUGAACCUGCUGCUGAGUCAGCUGUCGGUGGAGGAGCUCAGAGAGGAGGCCUGCGACUGCCUGUUCGAAAUAGUCAACAAAGGAAUGGACCCCGUGGACAAAACCAAGCUGGUGGAGUCUCUGUGCCAAGUCCUGCAGUCAGCUGGAUUCUUCAACGUGGAGCAGGAGGAGGACGUGGACUUCCUGGCCAAGUUCUCCCGGCUGGUGAACGGGAUGGGUCAGAGUCUGGUGCUGAGCUGGACCAAACUGGCCAAGACGGGAAACGUGAAGGAGGCGGCCGACACGCUGCAGGCCAUCGAGGCCAAAGUGCCGCUGCUGCUGCAGCUGCUGGUGCACGAAGACGACGACAUCUCGGCCAACAUCGUCGGCUUCUGCUACGAAUACCUGCACGUCCUCAAACAGCUUCCCCAGCUGACAGAUCAGCAGAAAUCCAACAUAGAGGCCAUCAUGCUCGCCGUCAUGAAGAAGCUGACGUAUGACGACGAGUACAACUUUGAGAACGAGGGCGAGGACGAGGCCAUGUUCGUGGAGUACAGGAAGCAGCUGAAGAUGCUGCUGGAUCGUCUGGCUCAGGUGUCUCCAGAGCUGCUGCUGGAGGCCGUGCGACGAGUCUUCACCAACACCAUGCAGAACUGGCAGACGGCUCCGUUCAUGGAGGUGGAGGUGGCCAUCAGGCUGCUCUACAUGCUGGGCGAGGCCCUGCCAGCGUCUCACGGCGCUCAUUUCUCCGGGGACACGGCGAAGACGAGCGCCCUGCAGGACAUGAUGAGGACGCUGGUGUCCUGCAGUGUGAGCAGCUACCAGCACAGCUCCGUGUCGCUGGAGUUCUUUGAAACUGUCGUCCGCUACGAGAAAUUCUUCCUGGUGGAGCCGCAUCACAUCCCAAACGUUCUGAUGGCGUUUCUGGAUCAGAGAGGACUGAGACACAACAGCCCGAAGGUCCGCAGCAGAGUGGCUUACCUCUUCUCAAGAUUCGUCAAAACUUUGCAUAAACACAUGAACGCCUUCAUCGAGGACAUCCUGACCAGGAUCCAGGACCUGCUGGAGCUCGCUCCUCCUGAAAAUGGCUUCCUGGCGCUGUUGACCAGUGACGACCAGCUGUUCAUGUUUGAGACGGCGGGCAUCCUGAUCGUGAACGGAGAGAGUCCUGUGGAGAGGAAGCAGGCGCUGAUGAGGAGCCUGCUGCUGCCGCUCAUGGACGCUUUCCGCCUGCUGCUCGCCAAACUGCUGCAGGAGACGGAGGAGGAGAGACAGGCCGCGCUCGCCGACUGCCUGAGCCACGCCGUCGGAUUUGCCAGUCGGACCAGCAAGGCGUUCAGCAACAAGCAGACGGUGAAGCAGUGCGGCUGCACCGAGGUCUACAGGGACUGCAUGCAGACCUUCCUGCCGGCUCUGAGCUGUCCGGUCCAGCGGGGGGUUCUGCGCAGCUCGGUCCGCUCCUUCCUGCACAGAAUGAUCAUCUGCCUGGAGGAGGAGGUGCUGCCCUUCAUCCCCGCCGCCUCCGAGCACAUGCUGAAGGACUGCGAGGCCAAAGAUCUGCAGGAGUUCAUCCCGCUCAUCAGCCAGAUGACCGCCAAGUUCAAGCGGCAGGUGUCUCCCUUCCUGCAGCAGGUCUUCAUGCCGCUGGUGCUCGCCAUCUUCGAGGUGUUGGCGCGCCCGGCGGAGGAAAACGACCAGGCGGCCGCUCUGGAGAAACAGAUGCUGAGGAGGAGCUACUUCGCCUUCAUCAUGACCAUCGCAGCCAGUGGAAUGAACGAGGUGAUGGCCAAUCAGGGAGCAGAAAACAUCGAGCGCGUUGUGUUCACCAUCAUCCAGGGAGCCGUGGACUUCCCCGACCCCAUCGCUCAGAAGACCUGCUUCAUCACGCUCUCCAAGCUGGUGGAGCUGUGGGGAGGGAAAGACGGCAUGGUGGGUUUCCCCGACUUCAUCUACAAACACAUCGUUCCUGCCUGUUUCCUGGCGCCUCUCAAACCCACCUUUGACCUCUCGGACGCUCAGACGGUCCUGACGCUGUCAGAGUGUGCGCUCACUCUGAAGAUGAUUCAUCUCAAACGGGGGCCGGAGUUCAUCCAGUUCCUGCAGCAGGAGUAUUUGCCUUCACUGCAGGUGUCACCAGAAAUCUCACAGGAACUUUGUCAAGUGAUUCAGCAGCCGGACGUCAAAGUCCUGAAAAACUACAUGAAGGCGUUCUUUCAGCGAGCCAAACUGUAGGAAGUCCAGCUGGAGGUUCGGUGGGACUGAGAGGACUCUUCACAGCAGGUGGUCAGACAGGCCGCUCACCACAACAACAUGGAACUUAGCAUAGCAGCUGCUUUUGCACUUAAAGAGUGAAUGCAUUACAAAGCCCAGUCUGUCUAAGUCGGACAUGGACAGAAGGUCGGCGGACGGAGAAAUCCCUCCGGCCGCCGCAGAGACGAGACGAGCUGUCCACGUGGAGUCGAGACGUAACGGAGCUCGACCGAUCAGAAACACUCAGAACUUUGUGGCAAGUGUUUGUGAGCGAAGGCAGAUCUGUGGCAGGACGUCCCGUCUGGAGGUUUGGUAACUACCCUGAAACCACAGCUUUAUUCUAGUCCCACCUUCACAUUUCAGUCAUCAUAGAUUAGAGUUUUUUAACGUCCUCGCUGCCACAGAACGGACAAAGAAACGGGCUGAACCGAGUUAUUUUUAUUAGAAUGUGGCAUUGAUUCUUUUGUUGGACCGAGACGGACGGUUGAGUUUAAGUUUGAAGUGAAGCCCGGCCCGAGCUGCAGACAUCCAGACUGCAUCCUGCCUGAUUCUGAAGCAGAAACGAUGGUUUGAUCUCAGCCGCUCUUUAUACUGGUGACCUGAUGGGAUGGAGAGUCCAGUUCCAGUUGGAUCGGUUCUGUAGGGCCGGUCCAGUUCCAGUUGGAUCGGUUCUGUAGGCCACAGUUAUGAUAUACAAUUAAUAGUUGAUGGAAUAUUUUUGUUUCUGGGAAAUACGACGAAUAUUUGGGUCUGUUUUAAAUUUCAGAUGGAACUGAACCUGAAACAGGAACAAAGUGUAAAUAAGAGAAUACGAUGUUAAAAUGUAAAUAAAGUUCCAGGUUAGAUUUUUUUUAUCUUCGUUCCAUCUGGAAACUAACGGAAGCUCGUGUGUGCCGGAGAGAGAAACGAUCGAACAUUAGGAAUGAUGAAAAGAAGUCACAGUGAGUCAGACUGAUGUGAUGUCGGGUCCAAGUUCUGAUGAUCCUCAUAAAGAACCCAAGAACAGCUUGACCCAACAAGACCCAACAAGACCCAACAAGACCCGAUAGCCCCCUUUAAUCUGAUCAGACGUGAUCACACAGAAAAUAAAUCAGAUUCAAAGAAACAAACUUCCACCGCGACAUUAACCAGAACCCAACAAGCACAAAUUCCUUCAUGUGGAUCAGCACCAAAGGUUAAUGAGGUCUGUUCUGAUCCGAGACUCGUCCUCCAUCCAGGUUUGGUGUAAAUCUGUUCAGUAGUUUUGACAAACUGUUCAGUCAGCGGGAGAAGAACGUGGAGACGAAACUUCUGAGUAUUUUUAUUUCUCCUGAUUUUAUUUAUUGAACGUUUGACUCGGUUCAUCUCAGAUUUCAUAUCUUGAAGUUAAAAGUUUGAAUUUUCAGUUGCUUUUAUUUGAAAUGAGUAUUUUUGUGAUAUUUGAAUCUUUAACAUGACGUGAACGUUUUAUUUGACCUUCUCAUCCCGCUGACUUGACGACUGAAGUUCUGAUUUAAAACCCAAAGUACUGACCCGGCAGUAAAUCUGUGACGUCGUUCAGAAGUUUGAUUUAUUAUAAUUUGACUUUCUGUCUUUAUUUGAUCUUUUCUUCUCGUCUGGGCCGCACUGAGCUUCCGUAGUGAGAAACACUCGUUCAUAGGAAUCCUUCAUGUUCAUCUCAUGUAAAAAAGAAUGAGCUGGUGUACAGAAGCGUUCUGACGACUUUUAUAUUCGAGGCAUUUGUGACAAUUCAGGAAGAUCGACUAACUGAUUAUGCAACGCUUGACUGCGAGCAAUACUGUGAAGGAGCUGAUGGACGGCGCCGCGACCAAUCAGUGCGAGGCGAACGUGACACGCUGUGAGAAGCUUCAGUUCUGUAGAACUUUGCUGUCGUGUCGUCCGGUUCUGUCUCGCUGAACGUCGGCCCGGUGUUCAGACUCCUGGUCAUCUGAUUAGAUUUUCUUCACCUUUUCUUAAACAUCUUUUAUUUUCCUGAACAUUUCGCCUUUUGGAAAACCUGCGUAGAAAAGUGCCUGAAGGUGUUGUUCAGUUAAAGAGGUGGUCGAGGUGUUUCUGACUGCCAACAAACCUCAGAAGAACCGGUCUCUCCUGGUACCGAUGACGGCUCAGAGUGUGCUAUCGACCCGGUAGAGUCAGAUGGUUAUCGGUCAUCGUGUCGGUUGAGUCCACAUCGGAAGUCGGAGGAUUUGUUGACAUGAAGAAAUAAACAGAACAUCACAGAACUCGUGGGUCCGUCAGCCUGUCGGAGUCCCGCGGGCCUCCUCUUUAGAAUCCUGAGCAGCAGUUUAAAAUGGCGUCUGUUCUGAGGCGUCACGCGGUGACGGUAAAUUAAAACAAUGUUUACAUCCACAGUAUUUUCUUCUCAUCGAUGUUGUAAACGUAAGAAAACUUGUCAAGGUCACCAAAUAAAUCAGCUGAACGUCACCAGCUGCUCCGUCGUCCUCGUGUGCUCCUGCAGGGUGACGACCAGCUGAACACUCACACAUCAUUCUCCUCCCCACAACCUUCACCUGCUUCCUGACUGUGUUCAGGUGUGUUCAGGUGUUUGUCUUCACUGCAGGACACGUUCAUCAGACGCUGGUUGAUGAAUCUUCAGCAGCCUGUUUUUAUUUCAAUGUUUUUGUUUUGCUCAUAUCGAAGAAAAAUUUGCCAAAUUAAUUAAUUUGUUCACUGAUUUUUCAUUUUGUUUCAUUUUGAUAUGAUGACAAAAACUUCUGUUAGAACCAAUAAAGUGUUUACUAAUCCUGA